AUGAGCUCUGCCCGUGUGGAACUCUCCUCGACGAGCGUUGCUGUAGGACCGGUCAUCAUCAAGAAGGACGACACAUCCACGACGUCGACUAUCACUACACCGGAUGGCGAAGAGAACCAGCUAUUCAAUUCUAUAACUUCGGUAGAAACACGUACGAUUUCAGCUCAAAUUGAAGUCAUACCGUGUAAAGUAUGUGGUGACAAAUCGUCCGGUGUGCAUUAUGGUGUAAUCACAUGCGAGGGAUGUAAAGGUUUCUUCCGGAGGAGUCAAUCAUCUGUGACGAAUUAUCAAUGUCCACGACAAAAAAACUGUACGAAGAAUUCGCAACAGUACGAAAUCUUAAGGGUGAACCGUAAUCGAUGUCAAUACUGUCGUUUGAAGAAAUGUAUGGAAUUGGGUAUGAGUCGAGACGCGGUGAAAUUUGGCCGAAUGAGCAAAAAACAACGAGAGAAGGUGGAGGAUGAGGUUUGCAUGUUCUUGCCCCUUGUAUGUGCUGUGUGUAUGCAAGAAUUCGCUGUCUUCGAUGAUGACGACGACGGCGGCAUAAUGCGGGAUGAUAACAAGUUGGUACGAUUACAUAAGCAAAUGCAAGAAGCUACUGGUAUGCCGUAUAUGUACAGCGAAUAUUCCCCACCAUCACAACAACCAAGUUAUGCAGCAUCUGGUUAUGAGACCGGUUUGUAUCCCCAUUAUGCUCAAGGAGCGUAUGCUCAUGCUGUGGCCGCUGCACCAAUCAGUUAUCCUUCGCAUUCCUAUGGAGUCGCUCAGCAAGGUACUGUCCCGGCUAGCAGUGGUGGUUUUCCGUCGCCACAACUUUCAUCAGCAGCAGAAGAAGAUACAGCCGCAAAGAUUGUUGCCGCAUUUGAGACCACUCACACCCAGAUGCGGAAUAUGAAUCCGAAUCCAACGAUUGUUGACGUUAAUAGAUUCGCAUCCCUAAAUCGAAUUGGCAUAUGGCGGCAGUUUGCUGCCGAUCUUACAACUGUUAUUCAAGCGAUUAUCGAAUUUGCGAAAAUGAUCGACGUUUUCAUGCGACUUGGACAAGAGGAGCAAAUCCACUUACUCAAAGGCGGUGUGUUUGAGUUAGCCAUUGUUGAACUGUCUUCUCGCUACUCCCCUGAGACACAGACGUUGUCCAUGGAUAACAUUGUUCUCCCGCUGCACAAUCUUAAUAUUACGGAUCAAAUUGAAGUACGAUUUGUCCAAGAACUCCAUCAAUGUUUGCAUGACUUGGCAAUCUGCCAGCUAACAUCCUCCGAAGUAGCUCUACUAUGUGCAGUACUUCUGCUAGAACCUGCAUCUACAGAACAAGCAACAUGCGAGCGCCUUCGUAGUGUUUUGGCUCAGUCUCUGGCUGCCCGAGUUGGGAACGAUGCUCAGAGAGUUUGGGAUACGCUUCCAAGAUUAAAACAAACUGCUCAUUUACACUUAAUUUUACUCGGACAACUUCGAGUACAGUUCCCAUCUGAAACCGAAGCUGGAUUACCGGCUUUGUACAAAGAGUUGUUUUCGAUUGAUCCGUAA